AUGUCCGCCACGUCUGUUAACGUAUCUACUGUUGCUGGCUCUCUACAGGGUGGACAUCGUGACGGGGCAGGAAGAGAUGCUCUAUUCUACUAUCCAAUUGGCUUGGCCUUUACAAAUAGCGGUGAUAUAAUAGUAGCAGACUUCUCUAAUCAUUGUAUCCGUAAAGUGACGUUACCUAGAGGAGACGACAUAACCUCACACGUAGAAACGAUUGCUGGAGUUGCUGGCCAGUGUGGCUACAGAAAUGGGACUGCAGAUCAAGCUUUGUUUAACAAGCCCUGGUCAGUGGCUGUGGGAGAGGACGACACUAUCUACGUGACAGACAGGGGAAACAAUAGAAUCAGAACGGGGCCUGUGUUCAGCCGGAGAAAGAUGGAUCUGGCUAUGCGAGACAAUGCAAAUCUUCAUGGCAGUACUCAGUACUUGGGGACGGACUCAGUCACUGACAUUGAGAGUUUUGUUGCAGAGUUACUUGAACAACCAUAUGAGUGGCGUGAAAUGAUUGUCUUUUCUCUGAAGCAAUCCUCGGGAGUCUUUGUAAGCAUAGCACAUGAGAACCAGAACGAAGGCAUACGUCUGCAGGCAGUGGCAGUGGAUGGGUGUGGCACAGUGAAAACAUUGGCUGGAUCAGGAAACAAAGGAUUAGUUGAUGGGCAGGGAAGUUCUGCUACUUUUACAGAAUUGAAAGAUAUUACUCAAUCAGCAAACAAAUCCAUCUUCUACAUCACUGACCACCACUGUACCCGUACGAUAGAUGUAGAUGGUAAUGUCAUUACUAUUGCAGGACAACAAGGAGCAGGUCUGACUGAUGGUCACUGUAGUGAAGCAAAGUUUGACAGGCCAUGGCAAAUAGCAUGCCGAAGUGGAGAUGAUGAGACAUUGUAUGUUGCUGACUAUUUUAACCAUGCAGUGAGAGAAGUAUCACUCAACACUAGAAAUGUUAGAACAAUUGCUGGUGGCAAAGGUGCAGGGUCUUGCGAUGGAGCAACAGAAUUGGCCACACUAAACCAACCACUUGGAAUUACUAUUGACAGCAAAGGUUGCAUCUUUGUGUGUGAUAAUGGAAAUCAUAAGAUUAGAAUAAUUUCCUCUACCAUGGAGACAAUGACUACUCUAGUGGGAUGUGGUGAGAAAGGUUUAGUAGAUGGCAAUGGUGAGGAAGCAAAACUAAACUGUCCGCGUUGUCUUCUUCUGAACGAGUCAACCCAUACACUUUACUUUACACAGGAUCAUUGCAUUCGUAAAGUUGAUCUCCAACAGUAUUUUAUUCCACCACUACCAAACUUGGAUGUAUCAUUGGGUGAAGAUCAGAUGUUUCUUGUAGACAACAAGGAUUUGGCAGAUGUUGUGUUCCAAGUUGAAGACAAACAAAUCUUUGCUUGUAAAUGUGUUCUAAUCGCUCGCAAUUCUUAUUUUUCUGGUCUCUUCUCAUCUGGAAUGAAGGAAUGCCAUCCUUCAGGUGAUGGACACGUGACCACAAUUCCAAUCCAAGAUGCAAGCUAUGAUGCUUUUCGAGCUCUCAUUGUGUAUCUCAUCACAGACAAGGUGAGUGUGGAUGUGAAUGACUGGAAGAUGGUAUGUCAACUUCUCAUUCUUUCUGAUCGCUUUCUGGUUUCCAAACUGAAGAGUUACUGUGAACAGAUUGUGGCAAGACACAUUAGAGUAGAGAAUGCAGUUGAAGUUCUGUGUUUGUCAGACACUCACAACAUUCCACUGCUGAAAGAACAAGCCAUCACAUUUAUAUGCAAUCAUCUUGGUGUGAUGAGAGGAAGGGCUGAAAUGGAGCAACUGUCAUCUUCUUUACUUUUAGAAAUUAUUCGAAAAUAACAAUCUGAUUUGACAUGUUGUUGUGUUUUUAUUGUUAUUGUUGAAUUUAUUUUUAUGCAUUAGUUGGUUAUUGGGUGUUUUAGUAGCUACAGACAAUCAUACAUGUACUGCAUGUGAUGGCAUGUCAGUGACUGCUCCAUAUGUAUUAGUUGAUUUACAUUUGAAAAGAUUAUGAGUUUGUUGGUCA